AUGAAAAAUUGGACACAAAGAAUUGACUUAUUGGUUCUUACUGGAGUGUUUGUUGGACUAACAUUUGGCUUUAAUUUUGUAUUAAUAUUUUUUGGUGAUACGUCUAUACAUUUGUUUAUGUGUUUAUUGUUUUUAUAUCAUUUCUUUGAAUUUACUUCAUCAGUAUAUCCCCGCCCUUAUCAAUCUUCCUUACAUGAUUUUAUGCUUUUUCAUUCACCUCCUUUUAUGUGUGCAUUUGCAUUAUCAAUUAUAGAGUAUUACGUUGAAAAAUGGUAUUUCCCAAGUAUUAAAAAUCAUAUAUAUAUUAGUAUUGGAUUUACGUUUGUUGCAUUAUUUUUCCAAUCAUUCAGAACUAUUGCAAUGUAUGUUGCUGGUAGUAAUUUUAAUCACUACAUCGAAACGUCACAUCGUCAAGACCAUGUAUUAGUAACGAAUGGAAUAUAUCAUUAUUUGAGACAUCCAUCAUAUUUUGGGUGGUUUUGGUGGAGUGUCACAACUCAGAUAGUUAUGUUAAACCCAUUAUCAACAAUUCUUUAUUCUAUUGCUGCUUGGUACUUCUUUUAUAAGAGAAUUCCUUAUGAAGAAAAAUAUCUAAUAAAAUUAUUUGGAGAUGACUAUCUUCAAUACAAACAAAGAACCAUUGUUGGAAUUCCAUUUAUUCAUUAA